AUCUCCGAAGAAUCUUAAUAUAGUGACAUACAUUGUCUUUGCUUUGGUUAAAAUUAUUAAUUAGCCAUGGUCUUUGUGAUGCAUUGAUGACAUUAUUCAUAGCCGUGUUUUAAACAAUUAUCGCAGAUCGCAUGGUUAUCACUUAUCACCACUUGUAGCUCUCAGCUAUCAACCUGGGCGGCUGGGCGUGUUUAUUGACUUGUGAGUAAGUUAUGUUUACUGUUUACCAUUUUACCAAACAUUAUAAAAUUAUUUUGAAUACUAUCAAUUGAGUUAGCAUUCCGAGUUCGGGUGUAUGCGUAUUUUAUCUUCCACUUUUUAAAAAACAGUUUAGACUUACAAUAUUAAUUUAAAAAACCGUGACUAUUCGAUGUGACCAUCUGACAAUUAAAAAAAAUAACCACAACUCCUACAAUUUAAUGUUUUUGUGUAGAUUUUCUCAGUUGAUAAUUUAGUUUUUCGUUUUUUUAUUUUAAUUUUAUAUUAUAUACAUAUAUUUUUUGAUUCCGUCGAAAUGUACGCCCGAAGUAAAACUCCCAGUAUGGGAACGCCGUCCGUGUACUCGAUACACGCCAGUCAUUUGACUAUCCGAUCUUCUAAUCUGCGGUCGACACGUUCCAUGAAAUCUUUACGUGUGCCGUGGUACCAACGUCCUAUAUUGAAAGACGCUUACUUCCUUGAUACGCAGAGAGGUGCACUAGUCAUUGCCUUCUAUUCACUGUUUCUAAGCAUUUUUACGUUAGUGACGUCUGCGUUUGAUACAUAUUGUCUGGCUAUGGCUGUUCCUGGAUCUACACAUUAUGGUUACUAUGUCAUGAGCUAUCAAUUUGUAUAUGUUGGAAGCUCUUGGGUCAGAAAUUUAUUGGUCUUAUUCUCAUUGUUUUCAUUUGUCGUGGCAGCUAUUAUUUUUGUGACAAGUUUGAUUUUGAUAUCUGCAUUACGCAAGGAGCACGAGAAACGGAUUGUGCCUUGGUUAUUUUCGUUUGCUGCUUUUACAAUAUUUCGAUUUAUUGCCUGGUUGUUUUCUUCAAUAGCCAACGACCCUAUUUUUGGAUAUAAUUUUACUAUGAUUUUGCUGGGUGCAUUGUUCAAUGUCAUCAAUGUUUACGGUUGGAUACUUGUAUACUCUUUGUAUUUGGAACUGUUUGAUUUGACUAAGCUUGAAGAUUUAGCACAUUUGAGAAUUGGAACUAUGGCCUCGCUGAAUGCAUCUACAACACAUUCUUUAGCUGGAUCUCGUCCCACUACACCUCACAGUACAGUUUCCACCGUUCCAGUAUAACAUGAUAUAAUAUUUUAUUGAUAAAUCAACCAGGUGUCCAGGCAUGUGGUAUUUAUUUUUAAGCUAUAGUAGAGUUGCUAAUCCAGACUUGAUUUAGAUUUGGAUACCUGGAGUAGCUUGGUCUGGAAUAGUGAACUCCACUAUAAUAUAGGUAUUAUUAAGUAGACUUAUGACAAUGCGCUUGACACAAUGUAACCUUAUCCGUCCAUUUUGUGUUCAAAUGUUUUAAAUUGUUGGCAAUUAAUCAGUAUUUUUUUUAUUCAUAAGUAUUAUAUUUCAUUUUUAUACUAGAAUACUUUUUAUAUCAUUAUUUUUAUUGUUAUUUUUAUAUGGGUUAAAUAAAUACAUUGUAUAUUGACAAAAAAUGUCUGGCUAAUACAUAGUAAAAUUAUACAAUAACAAAACAAAAUAUAACUUUCCUAUUUUAAAUAAUUUUCUUUUAAAACAUAGUGCCAUAUUUAUGUAUGGGUAUUGGGUAAUGAGGUUUCCACCUCAUCAGAUAAUUUAUCGUGUCUAUUUAUAUUUUCUCAAAUUUAUAAAAAACAUAAAUACCAUGAUAUUGUUAGUAAAAAGAACAUUUCUUGUUUUUCAGAAUAUUAGGUAUCAAAAUUUAUUGUAGUAGGGUAAGGGGUUUAUAAACUAUUUUUCUUCGUAAAGAGACCACUUCUCCCAAAUAUUUUUUCGUUAACAUUUCACUGAAAGAUAAUCACUGUUUUGUUUUGUCUUUGUUGCCUGACAUGACCCACCAUAAUAUAUCAAUUGACAACACUCGUAUUUUAACCUUAAUGAUCUUGAUCUGAAUUUAUUAUUGAUGAAACUUUUAUGCAACUCAAAUAAAAGAGUCAAAUUUAAUAUAUAAAAUUGAAUAGUAUUUUGUAAUUAAAUAUUACUAUUUAAUAUUUAUACUCUAUAUUAUAUUUAACCUAUAAUAUUAAUAAAUUUUUAAGAGCAAAAGUUUCUAUAUUUAUAUAUAAUAUAUUUUUAUUGCACAUAUCUAGUUAAUACUCUUUACCAAAAUUUUACCUAAUUUUUAUAGUGACAUUUAUCAGUCACUAAUAGUUUAUAUUUUAUUACAUUUUAGUUUUAGUAUGAAUGCAAACCAAAUUAUUUUUCUCAGUACAAUAUAUUUUAUUAAUUGGUAGUAGAUUAUAUUAAAUUAAAUAAUACAAUAUGUAAACUGUAAAUUUGUUUUGUGAAUCCCAAAUUAAUUUUUAUACAUUUUAUUAGGACUUUAUAAUAAUACCUAGAGAGAAUAUAGUUUUUAUCAUAAACUAAAAUAAAUAAAAAUUUGUUCACAUUGUAUUUUUGUGAAUAAGUAAAUAAAUGUAAAUGCAUUGUUAACAUGGUUUAAUAAAUUAAUAGUUGUAAAAAAUGCAAUUGUCUUAAUAAUUGAAUUGUUAACAAUACCUAUAUUCUAGAUUCUAAUUAAUGUAUUAAUUUCAAAAUGAUGUGCUGUUGUUUUGCCUGUUUGUUAUCACCAUUUUUGGUAGUAAAAAUUGUUUUAAUUUUGAAUUUAAAUUUAACAUAUAUUACAGAUUUACCCCAUAAUGAUGAUGUAAAUUUGACUACUAGAAUUGUAGUAUAGAGUGGUUACCUGAUUUUUUAAAUAUAUAUUUUUCAAUUGAGAUCCACCCUACUUUAAUUUAUACCUAUCAGUGGCUUACCUAGGCCUUUCUUAUAUAUGAACAUUUAUAAAAGCUUAACUUAUCGAAUUUUAUUUGUUUAUGUAAUUCUUGAAAAUUAUUUUACAUUUUAACUAUACAUUAUAUACAUUAUUUUAUAUUAUUUGAGUAUUAUAGAGCUAAUUUUAUUAUA